GCCGGCCGAUGAUCUCCAUCAACCGUCAUGUAGUUUUCUCUGUCUAUCGAGCAGUUUUGCGCGAGACGAGAAAACUGCCCCACCAGUACCUUCGUUAUUUCUGGAAGGUCAAGGCUGGCGACGAUGUUCGUGCCAUUUUCAAAACGGACUUGCUAGAUCACAUCCGGGCCAGGAAGUGCAAACGGCUAUCACAGGAUCUACGCAAACUUGAGAAAGCCAAUAAACGCGACUCGAAGGCUUUCGACCACGUUCUGGAUUUGGCAUACGGUCGGAAGGGCAAGUUGAGACGGGAGCUGAUGGAGCCGCUUCUCACAGACCCAUUCGCCAAGUUACCACCCAGAAUUAUUCCCGCGGAGGAAUCGUCGCGGCCUCCUGUAUAUUCUGGCGAACUUCGAGCUCUGAUAACUUCCACCCUGUCCAAAAAAGGCGGCGCCGUCAACUCUGACAAAUUGAAAACUCCCCCCAAACUUCCGGAGCGAGCCAAUCCGGAAUCGGAGGAAGCGCGACUGCGGGGCCCAUUCAGUAAACGCCGGGAGGUCAAUAUCCGGAAGCGAUUCUUCGCGCAGGAAGCGCAGAAGGUUCGACCGCCCCUCCAAGUGGUUGUUAACCAGGAAAUUUCUACGCAGGCGUGUGUUAGAACGGGUGUGCGGUCUCUCCCAUUCCAGGGCUCGAAUAUAUUUCAAGACGUCGUGGACAUGGCUCGUGCACCUUGGAUGACGCCGGAGCCGGAGCCUGAAGGACCUCAACCCAUUCAUCCUCCUCGCUGGCUACGCCGACGAUACCAGAGCUUACUGGACCGUCUCCCUGUCCUUUCCGCAAAUUCAGUGGGAGAGAAGUCCACUUAUUCGGUGUCUCUUUCGCCCGAACGGCUGGGAGCAGAGCGCCGGCCACUGAUCGAUGAAAGCAGUCUGGAAUGGGUGGACGCUGAUACAAAAUCCAAAAAUAAUAAAUAA